CCCAACAUCUGGAGAUACUUUCUGGCAGAGGAAACCUGUCUUUUUUCUCUCAGCUGUGGGUGCUGGGCAUACAUAUGGUUAAUGGCAGCUGUGCUCACAACUGAGGGAGGAGGGCUGGCGGCGUGCAGUGUCUGCCCCUUUCUUUCCCUUUCUCUCUCUCUCUGUUUUCCAGAAAGCGUCUUUCUGCUUGGCGCCUGAGAUCUGAAGACUAUAGGCGGAACUGCUGGGCUCUCCUCUGCCUUCUCACAGGGAGGGGAAGUAUUUAUGUGGAGGGGGAUGCUGUAGACAUCCAAAGACAAACACAAGCAGUGGCUGUGGCAGCCUAUCAUCCUGUCCCAAGGACACAACACCAUGAAGGGACCACUGGUACACAGUACUUUUUGGCUUAUCUGCCUACUAUUUCAAGCUUCUGGAAUGGAAAGAGAGGCGGAAGAGAGGCCAGGAAUGCCCACACGACCACCACUCCGGGAUCAGACUUCUAGAACUGAAUAUGGCUAUCCGAGACACAGCAAGCAGCCAGGAAGGUCGGAGUGUGUUCGCUGCUGUGAUCCUCCUGCAGCACAUCCCAUGUAUUACCCCGUGCCUCAGAUCAACAUGACCAUCCUGAAAGGUGAGAAAGGGGACCGUGGUGAUCGUGGCUUCCAAGGGAAGUUGGGAAAAGCCGGUGCAGCAGGCAAGAAGGGUGAGAUGGGCUUCAAGGGGCAAAAGGGCAACAUGGGAUCACCCGGAGAGAGUUACAAGACCAACUAUGCUGCCUUUUCGGUGGGUCGGCGGAAACCCUUGCAUAGCAAUGACUAUUACCAGAUACUCGUCUUUGACACUGAGUUUGUGAACCUCUAUGGCCAUUUCAAUAUGUUUAUGGGCAAAUUCUACUGCUACGUCCCGGGCAUAUAUUUCUUCAGUCUCAAUGUGCACACCUGGAACCAGAAGGAGACCUACCUUCACAUCAUGCACAACACAAAGGAAGCAGCCAUCUUAUAUGCACAGGCUAGUGACCGAAGCAUCAUGCAGAGCCAGAGCCUCAUGAUAGAGCUACAGGACCAGGAUGAAAUCUGGAUACGGCUCUUCAAGGGUGAACGUGACAAUGCUGUGUUCAGUGAUGAAUAUGACACCUACGUCACCUUCAGUGGAUAUCUGGUUAAGCCCAGCUCAGAGCCUUGAAUCAGCUAGCAGAUGGACAGCUUGUUCCUAUCAGCUUUGGCUUGUCCCCCUUUUUUGCAGAUUUCUAGCACUGCUCGCUGCGGGGAGGCACUCACUUGCACUGGAAGCAUCCACAGAACUCGGACCUUGAUGAGAUAUUCUAAACUAGGAUCUCUCUUUUGAUAAACAUGGCUUUUCUUCUACAUCAGCCUCACCUGGUGCUCUCCUAACGUGAUGGACUAGAACUUCCAAGAUGCUAGUAUUGUCCAGCUACAGUUUUCAGUCUAGUUAGGAUUGAGACUUUGGAAAGACGUAGUCCAACACAUCUUGAGGAUCUCAAACUGGAGAUUGAAUCUUAUUGUUUUAUCUUGAAUUUCACUGAUCAAACACUCAUAUAUUCCCAGAUUAUAUCUUAAUGGUUGUCCUGAUAGGCCUGCCAUAACUUGGAGGUCUUUCUGUGGUACUAGGAUACACAGCCAUUAUCUCUCUGAUUUGUGGUGUUUCCAUUGCCCAUCAUUGAACUUCAUGUUUCCUGGUGGAAUCUCAUCCCUCACAGCUAUGAAACUGCACUACCUCUAAUUCGUGUCCAUAUUGACCUUAAUCUCCAGCAUUCAUUUGUAUUAAUUUCUAAACCUUCUCCAGCGGACUCCGCUGUGCUCCCUGAGAGAGAUACCACUACUAUCAUGUUUGUGGGUUUUUUGCCCUCAAUUGAACAAUCAGAUGAUCCACUCUAUACGUUUUAAACACCUUUUUCCCAUUGACUUCUGUCCUUCAGGCCUUCUUUUUCAUUUAACCUUUUAGGUCUUUGAGUUCUCUGCAAUGCACCUAAGCCGCCUUCUGUCCCCUAGCUGGACAUUGUGUUAAUGCCACCUAAUAAUAAAAAGCUUGUUAUUAUUUAGUAUAACAUUAGUUGAAAAAGCUACACCUUUUUCUUUUGGAAGGCCUUAUUAAUUGACCUUUCAUUCAGAAACUGCUGUUUAUCUGCAUCCAAUGGGGAUGCAUUAAAAAGCAUAACACUAAAGCACUGAUUCCACAAACCACUACCUCCCUCCUGUUGAAAGCAUAUUCCCUCUAAUACAGUUCUUGGACACUGCCCACCAUGGUCAUUUUUACUUGGUUUGCAGGGCAGAGUUAAGAUUGAAUUCCUGGCUUCAGUCAGAGGUAUCUGACUGUGUAACACCUUUUUAAAGUGCUUGUUGGGUGUUACACAGGCUUUUGCUAUAAAUGAGUUUAGCACUCUUAAGAGAGCAUGUUAGUCCCCUGCUGCACAGAAGGUCAAUUUAAUUAUAAGUUUCCUGCUGUGCUGGGUCAAUGCAGACCCCGUGCAUGGUGUGAAGAGGCAGGAAUCUUCAGCAGUUUCCCACUUUCCAUGUAAUGAUCAAUGAUCAUGACAAUAGUGAUGACAAUAAUGUUGGUGACGUUGUAUCUCUCCCCACUUUUGGCGCUGGGGAGGGCUGGGAAGUGGAAACAAAUUCCUGUUUUUCCUUUUAUUUGGGAGUCCUGGCAUAGGACUUCAAGGUGGUCAUGAAUGGAUCAGAUCCACUUUCAAGGCCGCAGGCUGAGAAAUACGAUUGGCUGCUCAUAUGCCUGGGAAGGCAGCAAGGACCCCACAUUCUUAAGUCCAUAUGCCAAGGAUUGGGGCAGGUGAGCCAGGACUGCAAUGAGUAGAAUGAUUCAGAGUUGUUGAGAAGAGGGAGGCGUUGCUAGGGGGUGGCUGGGCAUUUACAGUCUUAAAGGUCACUCUUUUGCCGCCUCCUUUGCCCGUUCUGAUUUGCAGAGGCUGCUUGAUGGCAUAGAAGCACUACAGCCCCCUUUCCACGUGUAAGCCACUUUAUGCCAAGUACAUACAUGCACAAACCAGAGUAUUUCUCUUUCCCUGUGGAUUUUUUUUUUAAUGUUUUAACUGCCUUUCAACUUUGCCGUCUUUUUUGUGCAGUUCUCACACGCAGUCUUUUCAGCCAGCUCUGCUUCCCAUCUUCUGCUGCAUGCAUUCUUUUUUCUGACAGUGCCACAGUUCCCACAGAUGUUACCCAUUCCAAAAUAUUACCCACUCUUUUUCUUUCUCCUUUCUUUUGAAGUCUAUUCAUUCCCCCAUCUGGAGCCCUCAAUCUUCUCUCUGAGUGUGACGUUACAGAGACAAAUUAUAGGAUGUUUCUGCUGGCUGAAGGAUUGGAACAGCACAGUAUAUCCUGAGAUAUAACAGGCUCAGCUUUUGUUAUGCCUUCAUCCAGGCAGUUUCCAAAUACACCAGGCAACUCAGCUCUUUGGGGCAGCCAUUUUGGAAGAUAGUUUUUAGAAAUUGAGAGGGGGAAGACCUGGGAAACAGUGAGGGAUACUAAUGAGCAGAACUAUAACGGCUGAGGUGAUGUAGGACAAAGGCUGAAAUGACUGGUUUGAGUCCCACUUCAAGGCUAGAUACCGUGUUCCAGUUUGCUGAAUCCUGUGUUCACCAUUGUUGCUGAAAUAGCUCACUUCUUCUAAUGGACAUCAAGUUUUCUAUCAGGAAAAGACAGUUUUGUGACCAUUUAGUGAAGGGCUGGAGCCAUUCUUAAUUUGUGCCAGUGAUCAUCAGUACAAGUAGUCCUCGACUUAUAGCAGUUCCAUUUAGUGACCGUUCAAAGUUACAACGGCACUGAAAAAAGUGACAUGACCGUUUUUCACCCUUACGAUCGAUGCAGCAGCCCUGUGGUCAUGUGAUCAAAAUUCAGAUUCUUGGCAACCGGCUCAUAUUUAUGAUGAUUGCAAUGUCCUGCCGUCAGCUUUUGCGACCUUCUGACAAGCAAAAGUCAACAGGGAAGCCAGAUUCCCUUAACAACCAUUUACUAACUUAGCAAUUUCAGUGAUUCACUUAACAAUGGUGGCAAGAAAGGUCGUAAAAUGGGGUAAAACUCACCUAACAAAUGUUUCACUUAGUAACACAUAUUGUUUAAUGCACAAUUUUGGGCUAAAUUGUGGUUGUAAGUUGAGGACUAUCUGUACUGGACCUAGUCAUUUUUCAGCUUCCAGAGGAGAGAAAUCAGCUGUACAACACACAUAAACAUAACUACUACAGUGGACAUGCAUUCUAUGGAUACUAAAACUAUUGUCUUUGUUGUUUCUUUUGAUGGAUGCUCUCCUAUUUCCUUGUUCUAUAAAUGGUAUAUGAAAAUCUCCCAAAUCUCCAGGCGAGUGCAGGUUUCACAGUCUCCAGGUAACACAUUAUAUUGUUUAAUGCAUGAAACAAUUGCUUGCUAUUAGUUGGCCACCAGCAGCUUCAGAAAAUGUCUGAAGUCAUCUCCUUAUACAGGUUCUUUUGCCUACAUGGUAGGAUUGAAACCAUGAGUUGUGAUUGCUCUCAUGGACCCAUGUUAAAAAAAAUCAUUGUAAGUCAUAGGUUCCAUAUGUUUGUAUCUGCAUACCAUACCAUGACCAGGUGUAUAAAGGUUUUGUAUACUAUAUUUCUAUUAGCUGACAGCAUGUGGGAAAUAUGAAACAAAAAUGCAUCAAACGUCUAUUAUCCAAUCACUCAUUAAAGUAACUCUUUAGCAGGUCAUUAUGGCCUCCUUCAUGUAGGCAAACAUUUUGCUUGCUCUCCUGAAAUCAUGAUUGUGGAAUGGCCUGGUGGGUGUUUUGCCUAUUUAUCAAAUGGUUGCCAUUGUUGUCAUCAUCAUUCACACAUCACCUUUAUACUAGAAGACAAGCUGUUGAAGUUCUCUCACUAUACACUUCAGCUUCCCAUCUUACUUUCUCUUAUGUCAGUUUUCCUUUAUCAUUUUUUUCUAGACAGCUACAUACUUCUACCUCCAAUGUUUAUUUCCCAAGAAUACAUGUGAGGCUUAUGUGGACUCAGUGGCAUUCCUGUGGUACAAAUGAUGGUGGAGGCUGGUACUCAGCAUCUCAGCUGCCCUGUCCCACUUUUUUCUUUAUGAUCCAAAAAUAAAUUAAAAUCAGGUGAGAUAGGGAUCUCUUGGGCUUCUUCAGUCUUCCAAGUUAUAUUUUACAGCAUGCCAAUAGAAACACAAAUGCUUUCUUUUGCCUUCCCUAAACCCCUGCCAUCCACCAGAUGUGUUGGACUUAAGGAUCCUUAGUCCCAAUCUGUUGGUCCAAUGUAAAUGAAAGGCACCAGAUUUGGGGAAGCUGUUGUAAAAACAUCACACAUUUUCAAAAACAAGUAGCUAAUUAUUUUCAAGUAUAUGUUUAAAGGAGGAAGAUAGUUAUUAGUAAAGCACAAAACGCUGGGUGGAUUAGUAAGGGCUUGAACUGGAGGUGGCUGCAAAGGAUGUUGUUUUCCCCGAAGGUCUGUAUAAGCAUUGGAUCAAAGCAAGGUCUUGGGAGAUACAUGGAGUUCUGAUAAUUUGUUUCCCCAUAAUAUUUGAAUGUGUUUCAUAUAAUGCUCCUCUUUCAACUCACUCCACCCAGUAAUGAAGGAUCUGCUAGGACUGAUUGAAAAAACAAAUAAGCUUCCCUCUGGGAGGAUUGUUUGCAUUUCAAGAGAUCCGGCCAACUCAGAGCUAGGCUGUAUUUUGGAAAACAGUUAAAUUUGUAGGAGGGGGGGGGAAGAUAGAAGUUUUCUAAUAGGGGAGCCAAACAGGGUCAUGUAUCUGAAACACUCCAAAUCCCAUGGUCAAUUCCCUAUAAGAAACUAUAAGGCAUAGAUGGCUGGUUUGUUGUGAACAAGUGAGUAUACAUAUAUUCUUAUGCAUAACCUUCUAACUCUCAAGAUAUAUGUAAAAACUUUGUUCCAUAUUGGAUUUUCAUAUUUCAGCUUACAUCACAUCCAGAAAUGGUUGCAAUAUGUAUACAGAUACGAUAAUUCUGCAGUACACAAAAAUGCAGUCAUAAUAAUUCAUCUUUUAGAGGCUCAUGUCUCAUUGUGGGAAGACAUCUAAUCUAAGGAAAAAUUUAGUAGAAGUGGGAAUCUGUGAGUUAGAAUGGAAUACCAGACAAAACUAAGCUUUUAAGAAGCAUACAUACUGAUAUACUAUUAGCAUUGUUUCAAAUACUUUGCAUGUUUAAUUUGGUAACAACAAGAGACUAAAGUUAAGUUUCUAGGCUAAUUGUGUAAGAUUUGAUUCAACAACUAAGAUCUUCAGUUUCCCAAAAACAGGAGCAAAAAACAAAAUAAAAUAAUAAAAAAAUAUAAUGUGCAAAUGAUAGACAGAUAAGGGACAUGUAAAGUAAAAUUAUUUCUUUUGUUUCUUUUUAACUGUCCAAUUUAAAAGAACAAUUCUUGUUCAGGCAAAUAAAUUAAUAGGAUCAAACAAAAUUUUGCAUUUGAAAUUUUGUAUUUAAAAACUUUAAAUAUAAAUGCAACCAAUGUUGUACUGUACUUUUUUGUACUAUGAACUCUGCUUUAUAAAAGAUACAUUUAAAAGUCUAUGUGAAUGUCUCUAAGCAAAUUGUUAAAAGCAAACUGUUUUUUGAACAGAACUCUUAAACUAUAUACUGUAAUUUUAAUUUGAAACUGUGCUGCAUUUCCUGUUUGCUUGUGCUUAUCUGGGUAUGUGCAGGUCAAUACUCAGUAGGCUACUCUUUGACGUGUUUCAGUACGGUAUGUAGGAUGGUUUUAAGAGGGAAUAAAAAGUCUUAUCCUA